CAGCCUGCGGCUCAGCCUGGUCAGGGAGCGCCCGGGGAGUGCUGGCUGGAGCGGGAGACUGAUCCGCCCCAGCGCGCGCGUGCCUCGGCGCCAGGAGCCGUCCCGGGGCGUGUUGGCGAGAGCUGAUAUAGAUAUAAGGACAUUUCUCUCCAUGGCGUCACGUGACAUAAUUACCACCAGAAUCAAUCAAGAUGAAUUGCACGUCAGCGCCCGGUGGGGAUUUUUGCUUAGUUGAUCCUGGCCCAAGCCUCUUGUGCAAUCGAUGGCUCAGGUUGGCGGCGCGGGGAGCGGCCCGGGGCUUGCCGGCGCGCACGCCGCGGAGCCAUGAACGACUUUGAUGAGUGCGGCCCGAGCGCAGCCAGCAUGUACCUGCCCGGCUGCGCCUACUAUGUGGCCCCGUCGGACUUCGCCAGCAAGCCCUCCUUCCUAUCGCAACCGUCGUCCUGCCAGAUGACUUUCCCCUACUCUUCCAACCUGGCGCCGCACGUCCAGCCCGUGCGCGAAGUGGCCUUCCGCGACUACGGCCUGGAGCGCGCCAAGUGGCCGUACCGCGGCGGCGGCGGCGGCGGCGGCGCGGGGGGCGGCGGCGGCGGGGGCGGCCCCGGCGGGGGCGGCGGCGGCGGCGCCGGGGGCUACGCUCCCUACUACGCGGCAGCCGCGGCGGCGGCGGCGGCGGCGGCGGCGGCCGAGGAGGCGGCCAUGCAGCGCGAGCUGCUCCCUCCCGCGGGCCGCCGGCCGGACGUGCUCUUCAAGGCGCCGGAGCCGGUGUGCGCCGCGCCCGGGCCGCCACACGGCCCCCCGGGCGCCGCCUCCAACUUCUACAGCGCCGUGGGCCGAAACGGCAUCCUGCCUCAGGGUUUCGAUCAGUUCUACGAGGCUGCGCCCGGGCCCCCAUUCGCCGGGCCGCAGCCCCCUCCACCUCCUGCGCCGCCGCAGCCCGAGGGCGCCGCCGACAAGGGCGACCCCAAGACGGGGGCCGGUGGCAGCGGGGGAAGUCCCUGCGCCAAGGCGACCCCCGGCUCGGAGCCCAAGGGGGCGGCAGAAGGCGGCGGCGACGAGGGCGAGGGGCCCCCGGGGGAGGCGGGGGCUGAGAAGAGUGGCGGCACAGUGGCCCCCCAGCGGUCCCGGAAAAAGCGCUGUCCCUACACCAAGUACCAGAUCCGCGAACUGGAACGCGAGUUUUUCUUUAACGUGUACAUAAACAAAGAGAAAAGACUCCAACUCUCUCGGAUGCUCAACCUCACUGACCGGCAAGUCAAAAUCUGGUUCCAGAAUCGCAGAAUGAAAGAAAAGAAACUGAACAGAGACCGUCUGCAGUAUUUCACCGGAAACCCCUUAUUUUGAGAGCUCCAGGAAGCACCCCUCUUCCCGAGCCCCACUCACCCACCCACUUCCCCACCAGCCUGCCCUGGGCAGGCCCAAUGUUCUUGGGUUUAAUGACGCCUCUUCUCUGUGGAACUCCACGAUUCCUUCCCAUGGUCAACUCGGGACCUCCCAGCGACCACUGCUGCCUGCCGACGAGGCCGGGGACUUGGCCGAAUGGAUCCUAAUAAGGGGAAAAUGGUAAAUGCAAACGUCCCUUUACAAUUUUACCGCCAAUGUGCUGUUGUUCUCCCUCCCUCUCUCCGAGUCCCGGUGGGGACGCUGUGGGAUCUGUAGAGAGUUAGGCCGCUGGGCUGGAAGGCGCUUGUUUUUGUUCUGAGUUUAAGGGACCUGACCAUCCCCCCUUGGUGAAUGCAGAUUAUUUAAACUCUGGGAAAUGUAUCUUCGGUCUGUCGGUCUGUCGUAUCAAGGCAUAAGUCACUGUGUUUUGUGUGAAUAAAUGGUUUCUGGUAAAAUGGAGGUUACAGCUUCAACACAAU